AUGAGAGCGGAGUUGGUGCAGGCGCGGGCUGCUGUUGUUGGGAGAUGCAAGGAAGGCGGAGAUGGAAUUGGCCGCAUUACAGAGACGACGCGAGCCCGGGCCGAGGCGGCGCAACUGGCUCGAGAGAAUGCUGCCCUUCGAGACACCGUGCUGUCGUUGCACUCCGAACUCUUCGGUGCCAGGUUGGCCACAAAGUAUCUAGAUAAAGAACUGGCUGGCAGGAUACAGCAGCUGCAACUUCUCGGCAGGGACAUGCGGUCAGAAGUUCGAGAUUCACUGUGGGCGCAGGUGGAGGCGGAGAUCCUGCUGCAGCGGCACAAGACGCUGGUGCGCGUGUGCCGCGGGCUGUCGCCGCGGCCGCCGCGCCCGCGCGCGCCCGCGCCGCGCCCGCGCACCGUGCGCGUGCGCCGCUCGCCGCACCUCGGCCUCGGCAUCUCCGUCACCGGCGGUCGAGAGCACGGAGUGCCGAUAUUGAUCUCGGAGUUAGAGGCGGGAGGACCGGCUGCACUUACUGGCGAAUUGUACGUCGGUGACGCCAUCCUGGCUAUCAACGAUGUCGAUCUCACACAGGCGUGUCACAAGGAGGCAGUGCAGGCAUUGCAAAGCGUCAAAGGCGAUUGUGCACUGUGCGUUCAGUUUAUUGCGACCGACGACGAUGACCGUUUAUCUGAAGACAACUAUAGAUUUCCCUUGUACCCGGAUGACGGCGAAGUGUUCGGGGAAGAGCCAGAUGGCUCUGGAGCCACGCCCACCGCGCCGCGCACUCCUGACUACAAUAACAGAGCUGCAUCGGUGGCGGGCUCGGAGACAGAGUGUGAGUCGUCGCGACGCUGGGCCGCACCGCCCUACCCCGACUACAACAACAUCAAUAACAACCUCGCCAUACUCGACAUGGAUGAUGACUCCAUAAAGAUCGAGGCCCGACUAGAGAUGGUACGGCUGGAGUCUGAAACUUGCGGAGAGCGACGACGCGGUGCGUACCAGAGUGUGGCGGACAAGUCUGGCGGCACGUCGCCGGCCGGCGACCGACACGCCGCGCGCACCCCGCACGCCCCGCGCACUCCCCGCACCGCGUCGUCCGUCUCUCCCGCCUCCCCGCUCUCCACGCCCGUUCACGCGCGCCGCCCUUCGCUCAAGAAGAGACGCAAACCACAGGAUUGGCGGACGAAGGGCGCGUACCUUGCAGUGUCGGGUGAGGCGCACUCGUCGGACGAGCCGCUCGCAGCCGAGGAGUCGCCCGAGCGGCCUACUCAGCCCGUUCAGUCCACCCAGCCUGUUCAGCACGCUCAGCCCGCUCAGAUCGCUCAACUCGCUCAGCUUAGUCAAUCCGCUCAGCCCAAUCAGGCUGCGCAACCCGCGCUCAUCGCGGUAGGACAGCUCCCUCCCACAUUAGCAGCACCUCUCGUUCCAACAAAUCAUGAUAUUGUUGCCGUUCAGAACUCGUAUCCGUCUCUAAUAUCGGAAUCAGUACUUGUUCCGACGCAGUCUUCACCGCCAUCACCGACAUCGCCACAGUCGCCUCCGUCGCUACAGUCGCCUCCAUCGCUACAGUCGCCUCCAUCGCCACAUUCGCCUCCAUCGCCGGAAUCGCCACGGCAGGAGCUACCAGCCCCGCUGCUAGUAGACUUAGAAGUCAAACCCCCUAAAACAAAUGGCGAAACGAAACCGAGGAGGGAAUCUAAAGGAUUUCGGAUAGGUUCAGCGCGGCGUGUGACAGAAAAUGCUGUAAUGACCAACGGAGCGGUCGAACGCGGCAAAAUGCCUGCCCGCUUGUUGCCCGGUUGCGGCGACCCCGACUUCGGCACGCCCGUCUGA